AUGGCCUUUCCAUCCAACACAAAACGUACAGCAAAACUCAACUCAAACUUCACCAUUCCCCUCCUCGGUUUCUCCGUUAGCACGACGCAGCGACAGCAACAAGAAGAAUCCGAUUCCCCUUCCUCCCCAUCCGAAACAACAAAAAACCUCCACGAUACAAUAAAAACAGCCCUAGAGAUUGGAUACCGCCAUUUCUCCUUCUCCUUCUCCAACUCCAACUCCUCCUUCUCCGAUGAUGAUGAUGAUCCAUCCAAGACCAUCGGCUCAGCAAUCCUCUCAACCGCCACCCCCCGCGAAGAAAUCUUUCUCUCGGCAAAAUUACGACUGGAAAAUGGUUCCAGUUCUUUGGGGAAUGAUGAUGAUGUGCAAGGGAUUGUGGAGAAGUGGGUACGGGCAGCGGGAGUGGGGUAUUUGGAUGCAGUUUUGAUCGAGGGGGGUUCUAUGCAUGGUUAUGAUGAGGAGGAGGAAGAAGAAGAAGAAGAAGAGGGAGAUGGAUGGGAUGUCAUAAGCGCGUGGAUGGAAAUGCAGAAAUUACUCCUCGUCGAGGGGGAGCAGGGGAAGAGGAGGGAAGAUUCUCUUGUGAGGAGUAUUGGAGUCGUGGAUUUUUCUAAAAGGCGGCUUGAGAGGAUGUUGGGGGAUGAGAGAUGUUUUAUCACCCCCUCCAUUAACCAAAUCUCCUUUCCUCCCUCCCUACCAUCGAAUUGGAAGAAACAUGUGGCAUUCAAUACCUCACAAGGAWUCCACACUCGAGCUUCUUUCUCUUCCGCGGCAGCGUCAUAUACCUCCUCCCCCUUUCUAGCCAAUCUCGCGAAAAGAAAGGGGAAAAGUGUCGAGCAGAUUUUGGUUCGGUGGGCUUUACAUCGUGGUUGGUCGUCGACAACGACUGUGAUUUGUGGAGAUCUUGGAGGGAAGGGGAUGGUAGAGGGGAUGAUGGAAGAAGGGUUUAAGGGGAUGGAAGGGUGGGGGUUAACUGUUGAGGAAGUUGUGGGUAUUGAGGGUGUAGUUUUCUGA